AUGAGAACUACUUUUGCCUUAUGGCCUCUCUUGCUUCUCUUGUUUGUAGCAGCGAUAGAAUCAAGAAAAGACCUGGGAGAACAUUGGAAGCUGGUCAUGAAAGACAAAGACAUGCCAGAAUAUAUUCUAGGUAUGCUUGAUGCAAACACUGACAAGAACCUCAACACUAUCAAACAAUCUUUUAAAGAUUCUAAAGAAAAUUUUGAACCAAGACCUAAUGUUUCAUCCUAUGAGGAUGAUGACAUUGGUGUUAUUGAAAAGAAGAAAUUUGUCAAAGAUUUUGAACCAAGACCUAAUGUUUCAUCCUAUGAGGAUGAUGACAUUGGUGUUAUUGAAAAGAAGAAAUUUGUCAAAGAUUUUGAACCAAGACCUAAUCUUUCAUCCUAUGAGAAUAAUGACAUUGGUGUUAUUGAAAAGAAGAAAGUUGUUAAAGAUUUUGAACCAAGACCUAAUGUUUCAUCCUAUGAAGACAACAAUUCCAAUAAUGCUAAGGAAAAUAAAAAAGCCAUCAAAGAUUUUGAACCAAGACCCAAUGUUUCAGCUUAUGGAGUAUAA